AUGCAGCGAAGGUUAUGGCUAGUUUCUUUCUUUGUCCAACACUCCCACUGUCUGGUCGAUCCCAUAGGUUCCGCGUCAUCUGACUCAGAACGUCCACCUCGCAUCUAUUUCGCCAUGUUAAUGAUUUCUCAUGAUCUGCUUGAACUGGAUGAUGACCAUCGAAAUGCGUUGGACAGGGCCAUCAGAAACAUGCUCAGCACGAAAAUAGCUCAAGUGGUCUUCGCCCAGAUCUUCAAUGGCCUGCCCACCAAACAGUCCUUGUUGGAAAGUUUUGAUCACGUCGAAGGUCACCCAGUUCAUGAAAUGGGAUACAAAGGCAUCCACCCUAGCUCUUUUGAUAAAGUCCGAACAUCAAUAGGCCGGUUCAAUAUUUUCGAUCUGGACUUUAACCGGAAGGCAAUUGAGUGUUUCCAGAAAGAGUCUGUUGGCUCAGACGCUUUCAGCCUGCUUUUAAUAGAACUUGUCGUUGUUGCCUGCCAUGAAGCCGGCGCCAGAGCUUAUGCCAUUGACGGCGGCGCAUAUAAACACAAGACUUACCAUGAAUGGAGAGAAAGGGUAUUGGUAGCGAAAGGACAGGAUAUUGAAUCUCGGCGAUCUCAUGCAUCCCCUCUCGCUGCAUUCUCUCACCCGGAGUAUCAAUAUCCUGAACAAUACCCAAGAGGAAUCACGGAUGUUGCUGGAUAUUGGGUUGAGUCCAAGAUCUUUGGCGGCGUUGUUCUUUUUGAUCGAGGCGAAACAGAAAACAAAUGCAAGUCGAUGUGGAUUCAUAGUGACUUGAUCAAAGGUCCAAAAACCCUUUACCCGCCAACUCGAAAACAAUUUGACGCCUUGGUAAAAUUUCUUACAACGCCUAUGGAAAGUCAUCCGGAACGUCCACUCCCUAUCCUUGGAACACCUAGCAACCUACCACGGCGGGAUCCCUAUGAUGCUUUUGCAUAUCACCACAUCUUUCGCGAUAGGUUUGAGAGAAAGCUUGACACACUACCACAUCGGCAACAAGACGAACACAGUGACUACAUGUAA